AUGUUGUUGAGUCUGAUGCAUAUGCUGGUCUGUAAUUUGAAUCCAGCUUCUCAUCUCGACAUAACAAGCGACAAAUACGGUGAAAGAUACGAUGAUAUGGAAGGGGAAGAUCCUGAUUUAGAUAUCUUCAGCUUGGAUAACGCGGACGACUUGGAUAUCAUCAACACUUCAGAAUAUGUUGAAGGAAUUGAGAAUUCCAUCCAACUGCGCGUGAAUUUUCAAUUGUCGACACAGAUCUACCAUCAUCUGGACGUGGUAUGCGAAUAA